UUUUGCCCUGCGCCUUCCGGCUGCGAUGCUUACAGCCCCGCCUUUUCCGGCGCAUGCCCCAUCAUGGCGCAGGGGCAGUGCAAGUUCCAGGCGCGGAAGCCGGGGAAGAGCAAAGCAGCGGCAGCGGCCUCGGAGCGGAACCGGGGCCCGAGGAAGGGUGGUCGUGUGAUCGCCCCCAAGAAGGCGCGCAUUGUGCAGCAGCGGAAGCUCAAGAAGGACCUGGAGGUCGGGAUCCGGAAGAAGAUCGAACAUGAUGUGGUAAUGAAAGCCAGCAGCAGCCUGCCCAAGAAGCUGGCGCUGCUCAAGGCCCCUGCCAAGAAGGAGGCAGCCUCUUCCUCCUCCACCAAGACACCUUCCUAAGGACAGCAGCCCAUUGGAGGCCGUCACCACAGCCUCCGGGCUCAGCCCCAUGCCGGUGACCCCUCAGACGGCACUGCAAGGAGGAGCCGCUCUCCCCGGAGCCUCAGGGGGCGUGCACCUCAAGUUUCACUGGGGGCCUAGCCUGUGAGCAGAUGAUGAGCAGAUCUGAAGUGCACUGGUCAGCUUCCCAGGGUGCCAUGGACUCCAGAAGGGAAGGAAAUGUUCACCAACUUCUGUGUCCCCGUCCUCCCGUCUUGUCUCCACUGGUUUAACCCAGAGCAAUAAACCUGACUGUGAUUCCUCCUGG